AUGUUUCAGGUGCCACGAAAGUUGGCCCGAGACCUGCAGACGCUGACACUGCUGCUGGUGUAUCUGGCAGGCGACGACGAUUUCCAUUUUGACGACGAGGCGCCGCUAGAGGCCGCCGCUCCUAUGGACCAUAUCGAGGAGGAAGAGGAAGAAUUAGGCGACGAACUCGAAGCAGACAUAUCUACGUCGACCAGGAACGGUAACGCUGAACCAAUCGAGCCGGUACCGCCUCAGCCAGUGCCGCAACCGGUAGAGUCAGUGCCACAGCCCCUGGUGGUUCCUCAAGCCGCUGACCCGGUUCCCGAGCCAGCCGCAGCACCACAACAGGCUCCCGAAGAACUGGGUGAGCUCCAUAACAAGUUCCACCGUCUCCUGAUGACGCUCCAGCAGCUGAAGACUAAUGACCAACUGCAAGCUUUCAUGCUGACGUUCCAGCAGAACGUUGAUAAGGCCGCUGCUCGUCAGCCUCAGCCUAUCGACACCAAACGGGCUCUGUACUAUGCUCGUAUCCACGAUAACGUUCCCGACGACUCCUUUGACGCUCUGAAUGCCUCGUUUGACGACGCUGACCCUCACCACAAAUCCCCUGACCCUCUGCCUACUGUGGCUGGCCCUGACGACGAACAUGACCACCUUAGUCUCGGCCAGAAGCUGGGCUCCGGUCCUUCCGGUGGGUUGGGGCUCUCAGUGGACGAAGAACUGGUGGAGCUGGUCGACGACGAGGACGACCUUCUGACGCUUUUCGUGCGCCUGUUGCACCCGUUCGACGCCCUGCUGCUACAGCUGGAUCUGGACGCGCUGAUAUGUCUUUCAUUCGACAAGGACGAGCUCGCAUUUGUCCAUACCAUCGACGAAAGUGGCUGGGGGGAAGUGACGCUUGUGGAACUGUUACAGCGAGGGUGGGUGCCAAUGAACUACUUCGCCAUGGCUGUGAUUCCGGGAGACGACGACGAGGAAGAAGAAGAUGAAGAGGAACGUGACGGCAUCAUCCCUAAUUCGCACUACCUCCGUCCGCUUUUCCAUGCGUGUGGCAAGUUCCUCAUCAACCCUUUAAGUCAUCGCAACUCUAAGGGUAAGUUCACGUUCUCCCUCCGUACCGUGAACCUGAUCAGAGAUGGGGUACGCUUACUUCUCCAGUACACUGACUGUCUUCUGCGGCUGAAUGAGAUUGUCACCAAACGGCCCGUGGUGCGCAAGCUGCGGAAACUGUUGCUUGCUGACUGGUAUAAUUUGAUGGUGAAAGCCAAUGAAUUCAAGGGGACGCUGAAUUUCGGUAAGAUUGAGAUUUUAACUCUCAUGGUGUACCAAGUUACCACCACCGCCACCAUCUUCCUCCAAGUGUGGCUGGUGGAGCUGCGCCAGGUGAUCAAACGCGAUAACGAGAAGCGUUUGCAACUGGAUAUGAACAAUUACCCGUUGUUAGCGGUACCGCCGCUUGCCAAGACAAGAAUCACCGAAAUCAACAGUCUUUUGUACACUUACCUUGGCCUCAUCAUCGGCCGGCUUGAUCUUGUCGAGCACAACCCGAUCGGGUGUGACAUUCUUGAGACCCUCACUCAUCAAAUCAUUUUGCUCUUAAGAGAGCUCUUAUUCAUUUCAAAGACGGGGCUGGACUUCAGUAAUGAGAAGCCGCUGGACUUGGACGCUCUGCUCGACACGUUGUUGCUGUUGGUGCUGGACUUGGUUCUGGGGGUCAAAAACCUCGUGGUAAAGACACUUAACGAACUGCUGGAAACCCACGAGGUGGGCAUCAUGCACGAAUACUACUAUACUCCCGAAGGUGGCGACUUGAUCCAGGUGGCUCUGCGCAUUAUUCGCCUGAUCUCAAAGACAAUUGCGCUGAUCCGCAAGCUUCUAGAAGUCACGGGUGACUUCAAGCUUAACCUGGAGCGGCUGUAUCCUGACUACUCGCGUAUCAAGAUUGAACCCCAAGAGUUCAUCCGCAAGUGCACUUUGGGCAUUGCCAAGCUGAACCUGGCUCAAUUCAAACAGCACCAACCCAUCAAACCGAUGCAGCACAACCGGUACUCGCUCAUUCGGGCGGGGAAGACAGGCGAGCUUGGCAUCACCCCUGGCGGGGCAAAUAUCCUUCACGAUGUGCUUUUGGAAACUGAAGGGGCGUCACCGUUUGCCGUUGAUCAAAGUCCUCUCGUUCCUAUCGAUGAACAAGAGCUUCAAGUCGAUCAAAAUGGUAACUUAAUCGGGGCACUGUUCCGGGGGUUGGUCUACACCUUGACCAAUGAGACCAGCCCUCCCGACUACUUCUUCGUGCUGACGUUUUUCCUCUGCUUCCGCCUGCUUGCUCUGCUGAUUGACCUCACCGAAGAGCUUAUACAACGAUUCGAACCUCAAGGUACAGACACUACCUCGUCGCAUAUGCGCAACCGCCGUCGUCUCAUCGUGAAGAUGUUCCAGCUCUGGAUGGAACUGUACUGGAACGCCGAGACCGAUUUCAGUAUCUUGACCACCCUCAUCAACUUCUUCAACGAAGGGGUGCUGCAGUUCCUUCCCCUUGAUGCCAUGAAGCUCAUGGAGAUUGCCGUUAAGUUGCUGACACGUCCGCUGUUGGUUGAAAACGAAAAGAAGGUGUUACGCCUGAACCGCCAGCUUGUCAUACGUCUGAUCACCGCAGGACGUAAACUGCGCAAGACUAACCAUCUGGCCACGGUGGCGCUGGGCGACCAAUUGGUCGACCAGUACGAGUUGGCGAAGAUCCACCUGAACCUGCUGACGGAGCUGUACCAAAAGAACGAGAUGAUUGCCCUGCCGCAACUGCUGCUUUUACUGAAACAAGCAGUGGCUCAAGUGGAACACUACGUGAUGCAGUACCGCAAGAUCUUGGGUGAAUCGUGGACGUCGUUACCAGCGGAGGAGCCAUAUCAACCAAUUGAACCCCACCAUAUGUUGGCGCUGUGGUAUGCUCUAUGCCAACAGGCGGGCGAGCUCCCUCUGUACCGCCCUCAACUUCUUGAGUUCAACGGUCUUGAAAUCGCUAAGCAGCUUACCAUCCUCGAGCUGUACAUCUUUUGUGUGAUCAAGCCUGAUGAAUUGCUUAACCAGAAUUUCAGUCUGAAGCGUGCCCACCUUCGGUUGGCGCCUAAUAUCAGAUUGCUGUUGUUAUUCACUAACUGCCUCUCGGGCUAUGUGCUUGAGCUGAUUUUACAACCAGGAUUGCCCCUCAAAGCACGUAUCAAUAUGCUUAAGACGUGGCUCAAGGUAGCGAUCCUGUGUUUGUAUCUCCGCAACUUCAACUCGCUCGCGGCAAUUAUCACCUCGCUUCAAUCCCAUUUAAUUACUCGUCUUACUGAGAUUUGGGACGAGUUGACUCCGAAGUACCGUGAGUUAUACGACUACCUUGCCAGUAUCAUUCAUCCUGACAAGAACUACCACGUGUACCGCUCUAAGCUCAAACAGUUCCUUGUGGUGAACAGUUACGCCAUUCCCAUCGUGCCCUACUUCUCGCUUUUCCUUCAGGACCUCACGUUUGUCACUGAUGGUAACCCCAACUACCGUCGCAACCCUGUCAACGGAGAGAAGUUGAUCAACAUCGACAAGUACCUCAAGAUCACCCGCAUCAUUGCCGACAUUGAGUUGCUCCAGAUCUCAUACACUGGCCCACUGUCGCUGGCCAAGCGAGGUAGCAACAGCAGUAACAAUAAGGAAGAGGACUACUUCAUCCACUCGUUGCCGGCAUUGCAGGAGCUUAUUCUCUUGGAGUUGUAUAAGGUUCACCAGUUGAACAAGCACAACGACGACCGUGCCUGGGGCUUAAGUUGCGCUAUCCACCCUCGUGAGCAACACCACCAGCAACAGCAAGUGCACAACUGA